AUGAAGCGCCAGCCGCGCAAGCUCAAGUGGACCAAGACGCACCGGGCGCUGCGGGGCAAGGAGAUGAUCGUCGACCAGAACCUGCUGCUGUCGCAGUUUGCAAAGAGGCGCAACGCCCCCGUCAAGUACGACCGGAACCUGGUCCAGGCGACCAUGCGGGCCAUGGAGAGGAUCGAGGAGAUCCGCGCGCGCAGGGAGCGCGUCUACACCCGGCGGAGGCUGAGCGGCAAGGCGCAGCGCGACGCGCGGCGCAGGCAGGACCUCAAGGUCGUCGCCCAGGGCGAGCACCUCAUCAAGAAGGAGUUGGCCGAUCUCGAGGUCGCGCGCGCCGAGAUGGAGCCCAUGGUCGAACAGGUCAAGAGGGAUUUGGAGACCAGCAGGGUCGUUGGGGAGGAACGUCUCAGACAGAAGAGGAAGAGGAAGAUGCUGGUCGGUGGUGGCACCGAGGAAGACAUGGAUCUGGAUUGA